AUGGAAAGCAAGAAGCCUCUAGGAUCAGUCCAUAAAGAUGAUGAUGUCGUUUCGUCUGCCGAAGGACAGAUAGAUAUCAGCACAGCCUACCAACGACUGCCAGAAACACUUCGGGAUUUGAGUGACCAGGAAAUCAAGCAUUUGAAUUCCAAACUCGUCCGCAAAGUCGACCUCAUUGUCCUGCCAACUAUUGGUAUCUUGUAUAUUUUGAACUAUGUCGACCGUCAAAAUUUGGCUGCAGCUAAACUGCAAGGCAUCAUGGAGGACUUGAACAUGACCACCGAACAGUUUGCUACGGCAGUGUCAAUACUGUUCGUGGGAUACUUGCCUUUCCAAAUUCCAAGCAACCUCAUCAUUACCAAAGUAUCCAGACCAGGCAUGUAUAUUUGUUUGGCCGUGGCGAUCUGGGGCUGUAUCUCGGCUUCGACGGCUGCCGUCAAGAGUUAUGGGCAGCUCCUUGCCGUGAGAGCAAUUCUCGGAGCCGCCGAAGCUGUGUUCUUUCCCGGUGCCAUCUACUACCUCUCUGCAUGGUACACAAAGAUGGAACUCGGAAAGCGCAUUGCCGGUCUCUACAUUGCUCAGCAGGUCGGCAACGCCUUUGGAGGACUUUUCGCAGCUGCGGUCAUGCAGCUUGAUGGAGCUCGCAACAUUGCAGGCUGGCAAUGGCUUUUUAUAAUCGAAGGCAGCGCUACGGUUGGCGUCGGCGUAAUUUGCGCCUGCGUUAUGCCCGAGUUUCCACACAACAGUCGCAUCCUCUCCCAAACAGAACGUGACCUCGCCGUGUGGCGCAUUGAGUCCGAAGCAGGCGCAGCAGAAGGGACCAACAACGAAAGUGCCCUUCGAGGAUUUGCUCAGGCCUUGACGGAUCCGAAGCUACUUUUGCUCAUAUUUUGCAAUAUGCUGUCUCAAACGCAAGGCUCAAUUGCAAACUAUUUCCCAACGCUCAUCGCCUCUCUCGGCUUUUCUGACACCAUCAGUUUGCUACUCACUGCUCCGCCUUACAUACUUGCUGGAAUGGUAUAUUACGCCAUUAUGUUCUAUUCUGACCGCAAAAACAAAGUCUAUCCUCUGAUACUAAUGUGCAUUGCCAUUUCAAUUGCGAUGUACAUCAUUCCCAUGACCACCGUUAACGUUGGAGCACGAUACUUUUCCAUGAUGAUACUGCCGUUUGCAUCGGUUGGGCCGCAACUUCUUCUCUACAAGACGAUCAACCUCCACCUUGCACGGCCCGUUUCCAAGCGCGCAGCGGCAUCGGCUUUAGUCAAUGCGAUUGGAGGAACUUCAAACAUUUGGGCCUCAUACCUCUAUUACGCAGGCCCGCAUUUCUACGCUGCAUUUGGGACAUUGAUGGGAAGUGCCAUUCUAUUUGCGAUUACUAUCACCACAUAUCGAUGGCUGGUAUUGCGUGAAAACAAGCGGCUUGACUCAGGCGAUCGAGACAAGGUUAGCAAAGCGAUCAAGGGGGGUGUGACUGAGGAGAUGGUGCAAUUGAAUUGGCGCUACGAGAUGUACUAA